GAGCAUGGAAAAAAAAUGAGCUUAUUAGCCCUUUGGGUAAAGUCUCAUCGCGGCAAGGACGGGACCUUUCUUCCAGGCACAGUCACUGAAGAUUUUGUGGAUGAUGCAAAGGCUAAGAUGGAAACGUUGAGGACAGUAGAUCCUUCUAAAUCUGAACAAGAACUUGAAAAUGCAGCUUUUGAGGACACUAUGCAUGGUGGAAAGAUUCCCGAACGCCCUGUAGGGUACGGACUUGGAGUUCGAAAGAGCGACGUUUAUGGGGUGCAUGGUGUGCUAAGGAAGAAAGGGUAUGGGAAAGUUCGAGAGAGGACCGUGGUGAUGGAAAGUGUGAAAGAAGAAGUGUCAGCUCUCAGCAAGAAAAAUGAAAAGCUUGAGAAGGAAAAUGAAAAGCUGCAAGCCCAAGUGAAAGAGAAUAAUUUUCUGCUUACAACUUUUAUUGGACAAUUUUCUCAAUUCGUAGGUCAAGUUCGUACAGGAACUGCUUCUACAGAAGCUCUAAGUUUAGCACAGCAAGUCUUGGGCAUGGCACACCAAAGGGUUGUCCAACGUGAUAAAGGAGCAACAAAAGAAUGAACCAGCCUGAGACACUUGAGCUUCAUAUUAGCUACUACGAACAAUCGUCUGUAUAGCUAGCUAGUUAUUUUAGUCUUUAUUAUCUACUGUACUAUGAACCAUCGUCUAGGAACAAUCCUAGUUAGUUAUUUUAGGCUUU